AGCUCAUCUUUCCCCUGCCUCCUUUCAACAUGUCUUUGACAUGGGUCAAGAACCUGUUGGAAUCUUCAGAAGCGCUUUCUGAAAAGCCAUAUGCCCAGUUGAGAACAUCUUCUGAUAUCGAGUCGCUUGCUUCGACGCAAGUCAACAGUCUACUCGACACAGAGUCACCCAAGCGCAAGACUAUGAUUGACGCUCGAGUCAUCUCAGAUGCGAUCAUCGGUCUAUCUGAUGGUAUGACUGUGCCCUUCGCCCUGACAGCGGGCUUAUCUGCUCUGGGCGACUCACGGGUGGUGAUUCUCGGUGGUGUCGCUGAGUUGAUUUCCGGUGCCAUCUCCAUGGGUCUCGGAGGAUAUCUGGGUGCAAGGACUACUUUAUCUGCCACCCGCACACGAGUGGAAGAAACACCAUCCGCUGCUGCAAGCUCAGUCUCAACUAUUCUCGAGUCCUUUGAGUUACCGGAACACCUCGUAACCGAACUCAGCUCUCAUCUUACCAAAUCACCACAUCUACUUGGCUUCCUCAUGCGAUUUGAACACAUGCAACCAGAGCCAGCCAGCUCGCGAGCAAUCACCUGUGCAAUCACUAUUGCUCUCGGAUAUCUGAUUGGUGGGCUGCUUCCAUUGAUCCCGUAUUUCUUUGUCCCACGGGAAGAGGUUGUAUUGGCUUUGUAUUGGUCUUUUGGCGUCAUGCUGAGCUGUUUGUUCUGCUUCGGCUAUUGUAAAACGUGCUUUGUGGCUGGAUGGAGGGGAAAGGUGUGGCAGGGUGUGGUAGGUGGGGUGCAGAUGAUGCUUGUUGGUGGUGUUGCUGCUGGUUGUGCGAUGGGGAUUAUCAGAUUGUUCCACCAUCUUGCUUCGGAU